AUGGAAUGGGCAGCUCGGUCUGAUUACAUGGGCGGCAUUCCAAGGAAGAUGGUGAUCAUGGCGGUGGGGGGUUUGGCAAAGGCCGCCGUCUCUUUGCUCAACAACACCACCGUUCACAAUGCCGAUACACUCCUUCGUCUGGUUCGGUCUCGGCCUCCUGGUGUACCACUCGUCACUGUUAGCAACCACAUGUCCACCAUGGAUGACCCUUUGUUGUGGGGUUUCAAGGGCUUUCCCAUCACGGAUGCGAAAUUGUCUCGGUGGGCUUUGGCUGCCGAGGACAUUUGUUUCAAAAGUUCAAUGCUUUCUUACUUCUUCAGACUUGGGAAGUGCAUACCAAUUACACGGGGUGGUGGUAUUUAUCAAGAACACAUGAACGAAGCUCUUGAGCGUUUAAGUGAAGGAGAAUGGUUGCAUACAUUUCCUGAAGGAAAAGUGUCCCAGGAAGAUGCACCUAUUAGACGAUUGAAAUGGGGAACUGCUAGUCUCAUUGCUCGUGCUCCUGUAACCCCUAUAGUUUUACCGAUUGUCCAUACUGGAUUUGAACAGGUGAUGCCUGAGAACUUUUAUCAUGGUAAAAGGCCUCCUUUUCCAUUAUGGAAUAAGAAUAUUAAGAUAAUUGUUGGCGAGCCAAUGGAACUUGACCUUCCUAAAAUGAGGCAGAUGGCAAUGUCUCUGUCUCGUAAUAUUUCACAUCCUACUUUAGGAUGGCCAAGCACUUGCCCCGGUGGUCUGGAUGAGGCAGCACAAAGAUGUCUGUACAUUGCAAUUUCAGAGAAAAUCCAAAAUGUCAUGGAGACCUUGCGAACUUUUGCUAGAAGUUUUUCAAAGUCAAAAGAUCAAAAUCUUUGCUAG